CUUCCGGUUUCCACUGACAGCUGGAGCUCGUGGCUCCACUUCCUCCGCCGCCUCGUUACUGACAGGGAUUUGUUUUGGAAGGAGGGGAUCGGCGUUGAUCGGCGUCCCGGAGGCUGCGAUGGACCGCUGGGCGGGCAGAGUGGCUCUUGUGACCGGAGCUUCGGUCGGGAUCGGUGCGUCCGUGGCGAAGGAGUUGGUCCGUUCCGGUAUGAAGGUGGUGGGCUGUGCCAGGGACGUGGAGAAGAUACAGGUCCAAACUCCAAAGUUCAUUUCUGCACUUUUGGGAGCUGGGGCCUUGUUUUAUAAACUGGCCAUUGAGUUGCAGGCUGCAGGCCACGAUGGAGUUCUGGUUCCGUUCAAGUGUGACUUGAACAACGAGGAGGAGAUUCUGUCCAUGUUUGCUGCCAUCAAGGACCAGCACAAAGGAGUCGACGUGUGCAUCAACAACGCCGGCUUGGCUCAUCCAGAGUCUCUGUUAAAUGGAAAAACCAGCGGCUGGAAGCACAUGCUGAAUGUGAACGUUCUUGCUUUGUGUAUUUGCACCCGUGAAGCGUAUCAAUCAAUGAAGGAAAGAAAUGUGGACGAUGGGCACAUCAUAAACAUAAACAGCAUGAGCGGACACCGCGUACCUGGCUCUGCUGAUGGACAUUUCUACAGCUCCACCAAGUACUCUGUGACGGCCCUGACGGAGGGCCUGAGACAGGAGCUGCGUGAGGCCAACACCCACAUCAGAGCCACAUGUAUUUCUCCUGGUGUGGUGGAGACAGAAUUCUUUUCACGGCUCUACAAAGAUAAUGCUGAUAAAAUGGAUUCAUUCUUUAAAUUUAAGGUCUUGGAAGCAAUAGAUAUUGCAAAUGCUGUCACAUAUAUCCUUAGUGCACCUCCCCAUGUUCAGAUCGGAGACAUUCAGAUGCGAUCAGUGGAGCAGGUGGUGUAGUAGUCUACUGACACAUUCUUCAUAUGAUUAAUUGAAGACAACGGAAAAUGGAGUGCGAUCCUCUUUUUUUAAAAAGAAAAUAUAAUGGUUAGGAGAAAAGAUAUUGCGUAUAAGAGGCAGAUGGCGAUAAAUAAAUUAAAUUUGCAUACUUUACUGAUUUAACUUCACAUUUAUUUUCCUUGCAGUGCAGUAUUUUAUUUUUUCUACAACAUUUAAAAAAAGGAAGUCAAACAAACAAUACAAUCUUAAUAGUGUAGUGAAAAAAAAGACCAAUCCCGCCACUGUGAAUUUACACUCCUGCUACUUUGAUUCGCUUUCCAAGGUCAGCAUAGUAAGAAAAAAAGUCAAACUCAGGUGUCAUCUUGUUAUCUCACAUAGACAUGAAAGCAAAGGUGGGAGUGAGGAUGGGGAGACUGUCUGUGCUACCAACAUGUUGCUAAGUGUAACAAAUCUUAAUGGUCUCACUUUCACCAUCAAAGAGAGCUCCAACAUCCGGCAAUGGGAAUGGUGUUCAGGUAAAAGGUUAAAGCAUAUAAAGUAUACUAUUCUAAAACUCUUCACGAGUACAACAACAGCCAUUCAUUCUGUCACAAUAGACAUACAGUAAGAGUAUGAAUUUCCUUUUUAAGAGCAACACGUGAUGAGCAUCCCUUUAGGUUUUGUCCACUAGAGGACACAAGACGCAACAUUAUGAAAAGGCUCCUGAGUGCUGCUUUUAUGAUGACAACAAGACUCGCAAAGAGAAGUUUAUUGGGGGUAAAGACAAACAUUUCAUAGAAGAGACACAUUUGAAUAGAGGAAAACAAAAGUUUUGUUGAUGUAUUUGAAUGAGAGUAUUGAACGAGAACACAAACUGUUUGUGUGUCUUCUGAAGUAAAUAAGUAGUAGUCCUUGAGUAGUCCUACAUAAUGGAGGGGAAGAAACAUUAACGUAUAAUUUAUAAUUGUUUGAUAAAAAAUAUUCUUCUGUUUGGUUUUAUUUCCCAGUAUUGUGCUAAAUGCUGUUUUACACAUCUGUUUGUUUUCUUUAAGUGACCGCUAGGCUUGAGAGGGAUUUUUUUACAUAAUUAGGUGACCUCUCCUUUCUGUGCUGUUUAGUCUAUGUGCUCAUAAAACUAAAACCUCAUCAUUUGAUGAGUAGGAUUAUGAAACUAAGUUCAAAGCUCAAAACUUCUUCAACGUCUAUUCAGUCUCCAACAGAAGUGUUCAGCCUCAUAGUCCACAAUACCACAGAUCAAAAGAGAAGAUGAUGGGAUUACUAGAUUCAAGGAGCUUUGAUUUUAUCCAUUUGUAAGCAUGUUUGCAGCAUUGCUGCUGUGUCACACCACUCUCCUACACACUGAGACAAUGUCCCCGUCUGUCUCGCUGAAAGCGAGGCUCCUGCUCAGCUUCCAGUCCGGAGGAAAGCCAAGGUUAGCUGCGAAACUGCCAACCACAACCACCCGCCAUCUUUCUAAUGCUAAUGAAAAUCCAUUAACCAAACACUUGGGUCUCCAGAGAACAACAACAAGGAUUUUUUUUAUAGAAGCAGGCAAAAAAAGCUGAGCUGCAGUAUUUAUAACAUUUUGGAGAUGAACUUUUUUUUCGUUUGAUUGAAAAUCAGAACAGGAGUAUUAUAAUGUUUAAGUUCUCCUUUAGAGAUUUAAAAUAACACAAUAGGACAUAGUCUUUGUAUUUUAUCUGAAAGGUGUUUGAUUGACGAUCCCCGGCAUUGAUUUCUUCUCAUUCUUUAAAUAUGUGUCUCACCUUUGAUUUACAUGAAUUCAAAUGUGUUUUAUAGUAAUUGCAAAACCCUUGCACUGUCCUAGACAACCCAUUAUCUGAGCAGAAGCAUCCUCCCUCUUCUUCAUCCGUCAGUGCCGUAGGAGCCAAUCGAACCUUGACACGUUUCGCUUCAUCAAUAAAUCUUUCUCUGUGUAAAUGAACAUGGAUUUGAUGGAUUAUUGGAUUCUUCACCUCAUGGGAUACCACAGAGUGUGUUGUCCUCCCAUCAUCACCCGCUCUAUGGAUUGUUCAUCCCCUUGGGGGUGUUUUCUCCUGUCUGAGUGUGCCUCCCAGCACAUCUCACAUCAUUUAAAGCCAUCCUUGCUGUAAUGGGAAUUCGAUCAAUGCGAGGGAGGCCACAGCUCAUUGACAUGGGUCGAGAAAAUUGGUUUGCUGUAGAGCUCAAGGAUUUCAACAUUUUUUCUUAAUUUUUUGUUUUGCACAGAUGUCGAGGAACGCCGGUUGCUACACUGGUAUGAAACUCGUCCUGUAUAUUAAACACCCCCCCACGGCACAUUGUCUUGUUUCAACCAACAGCCGCAGUGAGUUCAUUCAUAAAUAACUGCUUUUAAGUAAGAUUUCCCAGAACAAUAUUGGCUAAACUAUCUAUUUUGCCAAUAUGGACAAAGGCCAUAUUACACUGUGCUGACCUGGUUUUCACUGCCGUUCAACGCCUCAGAUCCCAAAUGUCACUAGACACACACACACACACACAUAUAUAUAUAAUAAUCCUGCUGAUGAAAUGGAAAAUGUCUUCCCCUUUUUCUCCUCUCCCUGUUAACAAGGUCUUAUCACAGAUCCAACUGUGUUAGUUGCUCUGCCAUUCCAGCUUAUGCAUGUGUUUGAAUGCCAAGCUCCUUUUGAAGGCUUGGGUGUCUUCCAAAAAAAUGUCAGCCGUAGCAUAAAAGUCGGCAUUGUUACAUUCUUUCCCACUGUUUGCAAGAUUCACACAAAGGAUUCUGUUAUCGUUAAACACAUCUGAAAAUUGUUCUCAGCGGUGCAUUUUGUUCAGUAUGUAAAAAGAUGUGAUGGAGAUCGCAAUCUCUCAGCGUUUAAAGUUUAAUGCAUAUACAUUUGUCUUAUGCAAGCAUGUGAGAAUCAGCUGACUUGGAAGGAUUUCAUCCUCUGCACUGGGUGUUACAAACCCUCAGUGCUGGGAGGUGAAAGUAAAGUGCAAAGUGAACACCUAAUCUGUGUGGAGAAUGUGACCCUUAAACCAAACCUUGUGGGGGGGGGGGGGGGGAGCAACUGCAAGAACAAAAUCCCCUUUAAACAAAACAGCUCAGUGCAGAAAUUCGCAGGUCUUUCAUGGUGUCUGAGUGUGCAGUAUGGAAAGAAACGUUGACAGAAAGAAUGAUGAGGUUAGAGUGAAGCCUCUGAUUUUCUAUUUAUCCAGCUUUGAUUAAAUAUUUCCACCUCGGAUAAUAAGAGAAUAUGCCCCCACUCACCCCACCUCUAAAAGCUGUCGGAUGUAGCUUGAAAAAACUACACUGUAAUAAAACUAUUGCUGUUU